AAGGCAGAUCCUGCAAGAGAGGUGUAGCUUGUCUUUUUUAUCAUAAAUGUUUGUUUGUUUGUUUUACUUUGACUUGAACCAAAUAGUCUUUUUCUUCGAAAAUACGUUCUCAUGUUUUGAGAUUGUGAAUCCCUGCCAUUGAGAUAUUUGCCUACUUUAAACAGCACAGAGACCUAUCUUUUGAGAUUUUAAAACUUAAAAAAUCAACAGGAACCCGGCUGAAAUGUCCAUCUGACCUCAGUACAGGCAAACAAUGAAGCUCACGCCUGCUUUCCUCUGGGCUGCGGUCAUGUUGGUGGGACUCCAGAGAAGCGCUUCAUCCCCUGACAGCACCGUAAACCGCUCAUCCCAAAACCUCUCUGCUGUCCCAAGAGACCUGCCACCAGCUGUGGAGGUUUUAGACCUUUCCUGCAACCACAUACAUCAGCUUCACAAAGGAGACUUUAGAAACACCACCCUCCUUAGGAUCCUGAACGUGUCUUGGAACGGUUUGGAAGAAAUUGAUGCACAGACUUUUCUGGACACACCACUUCUGGAGGAUCUCGACCUUUCUCAUAACAGCCUGAAGAACCUGUCAGGUCAACAGUACCUGCUGCACACAGGGAACCUCCUGGUGUUAAACUUGGCCUACAACAAGAUUUUUAGCAUGACAUUGGGAAGUGAGUUCAGCUCAUUGGUAAAACUGGAGAGAUUAACAAUUGGAGCAAAAAACAUAAGUCAGGGGGAUUUCAAGAACAUUGCUGAGGUGAAACUACGUAUACUGACCCUUUCUCUGGAGGGUGAACUUGGGUAUGAAGCGAGCAGCCUGACGGGUGUUCAUACACAAAAGCUUCAGAUAGCCUUCAGUAAAAAUCAAAUAAUGGACCAUGAUCUAGUUGCAGAUGCUUUGUCCCUCUUUGAUGAAGUGGAGAUGAUGAAUCUUACCAGUGGCUACAAAGACUUAAGUAUGCAGCUGAGUGAGAGAGAAGAGAUCCACACUUCUCACUUUGAUCUCACAAACUUAGUAAUUGACUGGCAAGACUUGACUCGAUUUGUAAAUGUGGUUUUGCGUACAUCUAUUAGUCAUCUGAGCGCCUCUGAUGUGGCCAUAAACCACCCACCUUAUACCGACACCUUUGUGACCCCUAUAUCAAAAAUGAAGUCCUUCACAGCCAGACGGGCAACAGUCAACUCUUUCUUCUUUUCACAGGAGUCUGUCUACAACUUUUUCAUCAACUUGCCAGUGAAGAGUGUAGCGAUCAUGGAGACUUCAAUCAUUCACAUGACAUGUCCAACUGCACAGAGUCCGAUCCUUCAGUUGGACUUCUCUAACUGUGCUAUAUCUGACUCCAUUUUCUCCACAGUGAAGGGUGACAAAAUAGUUGAAUGUGAGAAUCUGGGUAAUGUAAAGAAACUGAUUCUGGGAGGCAACAAUUUUAAGAACCUUCAGGUAUUGAGCAAUCGUACCCAACACAUGAUGUCCCUGCAACACCUGGACCUCAGCCUCAACUCCAUCACUUAUGACGGUUUGUUGGAGUGUUUCUGGCCACCAAGUAUCACCAAUAUGAAUCUGUCCUCAAACAGUCUGACAGACUCAGUUUUUCAAUGCCUGCCAAAGGGAACAGAGACUCUGGACCUUCAGAACAAUCAGAUAUCUGUGGUGCCACCAAGCAUCUUCAAACUGGAGAACCUCUCAUCUCUGAAUCUAAAUGCUAACAGGCUGCGGGACCUGCCUGUAUGCAACACUUUCCCCAUACUGAGCGAACUUCUGCUCCAGUCAAAUUCCCUCCAUGCCCCAUCCGUGAAUAGGUUAGAAAGUUGCCCCAAACUGAAAACCCUGGAUGCCAGUCACAACCCCUUCACCUGCACCUGUGCUCUGCGGCAUUUUAUACGUCUUCCCAUCAAGUCUAAAAGCAAAAGUCAAACAGGAAUUGAACUGCUGAGCUGGCCACUUGACUAUUACUGCACCUACCCAGAGGCUGUUAGAAACUCCACUUUGAAAGACAUCUGGAUUCCAGAGAUCUCUUGCAAUGUGGGUCUUCUAUCCGCCACUAUCUUGGUCCCAGCAGUGGCACUGAUUUUAACGGUUGUGAUCUUAUGCCACCGCCUGGAUGUUCCCUGGUAUAUAGGCAUGGUCUGGCAGUGGACCAGAGCCAAACAUCGUGCAAGAAUGCAACAUGUUCGACCUGAAGAUCUGGUAGAUGUUGAGUUCCAUGCUUUUGUAUCUUACAGCCAGCAUGAUGCAGACUGGGUUCACAAUUCCCUCCUUCCUAACCUCGAGGGGCCCGCAGGGGAGCUCAGAAUCUGCCAUCACGAGAAAAACUUUGUGCCGGGAAAGACGAUUAUUGAGAACAUCAUCAGCUGCGUGGAGAAAAGCCGACGUUCUGUGUUUGUGCUCUCCGCUCACUUUGUCAAGAGCGACUGGUGCCAUUAUGAGCUGUACUUUGCCUGCCACCAACGUCUCUCUCGGGGCUUAGACAGCAUUGUGCUGGUUCUGCUCGAGCCUCUGCCUCAGUACCUGAUCCCAUCCAAGUACUACCAGCUGAAGUCCAUGAUGAGCCGUCACACCUAUCUGGAGUGGCCUCAGGACAGGGCCAAGCACAGGCUGUUCUGGGCCAACCUCAGAGCUGCCCUGCAGGCUGACCUGCCGAAUGCACCAGUCGCAGAAAUACAGGAGUGACGAUAGAGGGGAGACUUAAAGAGGAAAUGAAGUGUGAAUAGGAAAUACCGGAAUGUUUGUAAAAAGGGAACAAUGUAAUACAAAAAUGUGGACGCACUGGUAAAAAUGUGUAAAUAUUGUAGCCUGAGCUAAAGCAUCUAAUUUUUAAGUUUUCUUUUAUGAGCAGCCGAGGAACUGAUGCGCUUGAAACAUAAAAAUGAUGUAAUAAUAUGUCAAGUUAUUUAAACCAUUCAGGUGACAUUUAAUGGAAACAUCAACAUAAACUAACUAUUUGAUCAAGACUGUAGCAAAAACAAUAAACUUUACAAAAAGAGUA